GCUUACACUUACACCAUUUUUGAAAUUAGGUAAGCCUAGCUGACCCGAGGCGCAUUAAUAGGCAAUCAGCCCAAAUGACAUGAAAAUGUCCCUUAAUGAAGUGUAUAAAUAAAUACGUCAAUUAGCAUUCAUUAAAAAAAAAAAAUGUGGAAGGGCUGGCCUCUGAUGAUAAUAACAUGAUUGCUAGUGGUGUAAGUGGAGCAUGGCACUAAUUAAUAAGGCUGUGAAAUGCUGAAUUAUCACUGACUAAUAAGUCACUACAACUACAGUAUGAAUGAUACUUUUUCAUUCUCUUUUUAAUGACUUGCAUCUCCAUAACGGUAUCAAGUAAUUACUACCGUAAUUAAUUAGUCAUUAAGACUAUUAAUUGAUAAAUAAUUAAAUACAAGAGAGAUAAAUCAUAUUCAUAAGUCUUAAUAGUCACUUUGUACACCAACACUUUAAAAAAAACUAUGUCGUAUAGUUAAUUAAGUAACACUAAGUUAAAAUAAUACUCACUCAUACCGUAUUCUUAUACUUGUACCCUAAACAUAAUUUCUCAUUUUCUUUAAUUUAAGCCCACAUUACAAUAACAUAUGUGAAUUAAUAAAUUUGGACAUGACAAAGAUUGAAAUUACAAUUGAAUAUUACUACAAUGCCAAGGACACCAAAGCAAGGGAGAAGAAAACGACUUUUGGAUAUCCAAGAAACUGAACUUGAAAAACUUAAAAAGUUCAAAGACCAGAGAGUUAAUAAUGCUAAUGAAUCCAUUAAUGAUAAUAGUUCACUGGGGCAAGACAACCAAAUGGAGAAUGUGAUACUGAAGGAAAUGAUAAAGAAACCACAAAAUUAUGGGGAAUCUAUUACAAUGACUAAUAAAAUUAAAAACAUGGAACCAAAAAGCCCAGAAGCAGAUUUAAGCCUUGAUUUUCUUGAAAUGCCAAAAAUUUGCAGAAUGAACAUAAUCACUUCAGAAAACUUGAACUUGGAGUAUACAAAAUUUUACAGGGAAAAUGAAGCUACCUCGUUGCUCUUGUUAUGUGAAAGAGAUAUCACAUAUAAUGUGGGAGAUUUAGCCAAAAUUCAAAUGUUUGGGAAGUGGAUUGAUAUUCCAAGGAAACAGGUGAUGUAUUUUUGAGUAAAUUAUUAAAUAUAUCUUAUUAGGCAAUUAGUAAAUAUUUCUUAUAAAGCUCAUUUUUUUGUGAACAUUUUUUUUUUAUCACUGGUCACUGAUUGCAAAGAUUUGCAUUUAAUUUGAAAGCUUUUUAGUGUCAUUUUAAUUUGCAUACAGGUAGCAUAUGGAGAUGAAGGACUGACUUACACUUUUUCUGGAAAAACAUUACCUGCAAAUCCAUGGCCAUCAUUCCUGAAUAAAGUCAGAAGACAGAUAACACAGGCUACUGGUUUUACAUUCAAUUUUGUUCUAGUAAACAGGUAGGCUAUUUGUAAAGUAAGUUAAUAAAACCUUUGGACUAGAAAAAUAAAAUCAUCUGCCUUUUAGUAUUGUCGUUUGUGUAUGACUCCAGGCCCAGCCUUGGAUUAUAAUUUAAAGGAGGACUUAAGCAGAAUCCAACUUGCUCAGUGCUCAUAAGUAAUUGUUGGUUUUACUCUAGAAAUGGAUUCUGUGGGAAGAAAGGUUAUUCUAUAUCUCAUAAUUGACCAGAGGUCUUACACUUAGACUUAGAGCCAAAAGGCUGUCUCCUAAUACUCCUAUGGCCCAAAAACUUUCUCAUUGAGCCAACGAGUCAUUUGUGUUUCACAUUGGACAACAAUUUUAAAAUGACAUGCUAGUGAAUUGUGGGCCUUCUGUCAUCACAUUUGGUCCUAAACAAGUAAUCUACAACCUUAUUUUGUCUUACUGCACACCCAAGAAUGUCGUAGCACACUACACUAAAAUUUUAAAUAAUAUUUACAACCUUUGAGCUUGUUUUUCUGAAAAUAGAUGUUUCAUAUGUAAUUCAAUACAUAAUGAAGCGACGUGAAGUUCACUAUCAUUCUUCCAAGAACUGCUUAUAAUUUUUAGUAGAAAUUUUUUGCUUAAAUGAAUAUUGUGGAAAUUUGUAGAAGUACAAUGAACUUAAUGGAAAUUUAACAUUAUCCCUUCAACUGAAAUUCAGAAAAAAAAAUGGAAUUUAACUUAUGUGAACUAAAAUUUCAGCGUACUCUUUAGAUCUCCAUUUCCGCUCCACACUUGUUGCAGAGCUCUUUUCUAAACAAUUACUUUCUAAUUUUAAAAUCACCAAUCUUUCUAAUUUUAAAAACUGAAAAUGUUAAUUUCCUAUCAAUUCUUCAAGAAUACCGGUAUGUAAAAAAUGCAAUUAUUUUAACUCCCAGAAAUAUAUUUUUAAUUUCAUUUUUAAUAAUUUUUAUACAUAAUUUAUUGCAUAGUUCACAAAAUUUUUAAUGUUUUAUGAUAUAAUUAUUAUUAUCAGAUACAAAGAUGGUUAUGAUUACAUGGGUGAGCAUAAAGAUGAUGAAAAGGACCUCUGCUCUGGUUAUCCUAUUGCGUCUUUAACCUGUGGUCAGGAGAGAGAUUUUGUGUUCAAACACCAAGACAGCCGAGGGACAAAGGCCACCAGAAAAAUUGAUACCGUCUCUAUUAAGUUAGAACAUGGAUCUUUACUACUGAUGAAACAGCCAACAAAUUCAUUCUGGUAUCAUUCUUUGCCUCAACGUAAGAAAGCAACUGGCGUACGGGUGAACAUGACUUUUAGAAAGAUGGAGCCAAUAAAAUGUAAACCUUAUAAUUAUAAAGACUGAAAUUAUUGAAACUUGCUUGCUGUACGAUGAUCACCACUUGGUUUUGUAUGUUUUUUGCAAUACUAUAUAAUUGUGUUUUGCACAAUUAAAUAUUAAGUGGUUAAUUUACACAGUAGGCAUGUAAACAACUUGCUCAUCCGUAGAUAGCAUACAUUUUAUAUAAAAAUAUAUAAAAUUAAUAUUCACCCGAAUAAUUUAUUCAAUUAUUGUGUACCAGUAUCAAAGACACUGGAAGAAACUAUGUGAAUCUUUAAAAAUCCUGUUUAUUAAUGUAAAUAAGUUUUAAAACUGGAGCAAAAACAACAUGAGAAAACUAUAUUAUAAUUUUAGCAAAGAAGUCAAUAAAGUACCAAGUAACAACUUGCAGGAUUCUGCCUUGAAAAUUUCUGACAUGACCAUACACAUAUUAAAGAACAAUUAAGGAGUAUCACGUGUACGUUAUAACUGUGAUGAGCACAAGCAUUUCCUUGAGCAAUGAAGCUGACAAUUUAUCUUACCAAAUGCCACUGAUUAGUAACAAUUACUGAGUCUUAAAGCCUUACUUACUGAAGGAUGGAAGAUAUAAUAUGUGUAUAAUAUUAUUAAAAUUGAACUCACUUUUUUGUUUGUAGAUUUGACUUGUGUUAACUUUUGCCUCAAUAAAUUUUUGUUUCACACUUUUGUUAUGUUCAAG